GGGGCAGCGGGCUGAGGGAGCGGGGCAGCCCGGCUGAGGGAGCGGGGCAGCGGGCUGAGGGAGCGGGGCAGCCCGGCCGAGGGAGCGGGGCAGCCCGGCCGAGGGAGCGGGGCAGCGGGCUGAGGGAGCGGGGCAGCUCCGCCGAGGGAGCGGGGCAGCCCGGCCGAGGGAGCGGGGCAGCCCGGCCGAGGGAGCGGGCCCGCCCCGGCGCUGUCCCUCGCAGCGGCCCCGGGCCAGCGCUGUCCCCUCAGCGAGCCGCGUCCCCGGCGGCUGCUCCGUGACACUUCUGUGCUGAGCCCGGGGCAGGCCCGCGACAGGGACACGGCUGUGCCACACCACACCUGCCAUGAGCCCCGGCAGGGCGUGGCAGCUCCACAGAGCCAUCCCGUCCCUUGGGAUGGGCUAGAGAAUUUGUUAAAAAAAUCUCUAAGCUGGGUAGCAAAAGAAGCUCCUGGAGCUCCCCCGUGGCUAAGCACCUCAUAACACUGGCUGCAGGAAAACCAGAAAAUAGAACGUUUUAUUAUCACUGAGCAUGUAACCCGCUGUCCUCGAAGUCUGUCUUUCAUUAAUGGGUGAAAUGAACCGGCUAAAAGGUUUAAGACAGAAUUAACACUGUCAAGGUAACAAACACAGAAAAAUGGCUCUGCACCUGCAGGCUGGGUGCACACUGAGCAUGCAGGAUGCAAGACCUGCGAGCUCAGACCUGGUUUCGGCCAUUAAGAUGAAUAGGAACCCAUGUAAUGGGAAGUUUCUGUACUGAACAGGAUACAUGUCAAAUAACGAUACCUAAAUCGAGUACCUGAGUGAUACAGAGGAUUACAGGGGUACUUCUGAAAUGGAGCUUAAAUGGCUUUCACAGACUGCAAGCUCUGUUAUGGCUGCAGUAAAUUUGAGUCAGGGAAAGCCUUUAAAGAAGUAUCAGAAAGAUGACAGUUCUCAUUUGGGAAAAAAAGUGGGUCUGGGAUGGAGAUUAAUCUCAGUUGCCAGUACAGAAAUGGCUGUGAAUUUCUGUUUGGAGCUAUUAUAUAGAAGAGACAUUGCUGAAAUAUUCUGUAAAUUCUUUAACAGAUUUUCUGACAGUAUUCUGUCGGUUAUACUAAUUCAAAAUUCAGCAUCUGAUUUUUCCCAAAUGCCUAAUGCUUAAUCUCACUUCUUUCAUUGGGUUAUUUAUUAACACUUGGUAAACAAAGCAUUAGAUAUUUAUUCAUAUCAUUCCAAUAGGAACCUCACUUUUUUCCCAAAAUGGGAAACAGUCUAUUGCUUUAUAUUUUAGUAUUGAUUCCCGCCUUUGCAUCCUCAGACUUUUUGGUAACACAUGUCAGAAACAUCAAGAAGCGAAAUGCUGAUAAUGACUUGGUUGUCAAUGGGAUGGAAAUCUAUAGCAUGAAAAUUGAUAGUAAAAUAACUUCCCGGUUUGCACACAAUGUCAUCACCAGUCGAGCUGUCAAUCGUGGAAAUGUGUCCAAAGAAGUCUUCUUUGAUGUUGAACUCCCUAAGACAGCCUUCAUUACCAAUUUCAGCAUGACAAUUGAUGGUGUCACCUAUCCUGGAACUAUAAAGGAAAAAGAAGCUGCAAAAAAGCAAUAUGAGAAGGCUGUUUCAAGAGGACAGACUGCUGGUCUUGUCAAAGUUUCAGGAAGAAAAACAGAAAAAUUCACUGUCUCAGUCAACAUUAAAGCAGCCAGUAAAGUCACUUUUGAACUCACAUACGAGGAACUGCUGAAGCGACAUUUUGGAAAAUACGAAAUGUUCAUCAAAGUAAAACCAAAGCAGCUGGUCAAAGAUUUUGAGAUUGAAGUAGAUAUCUUUGAGCCCCAGGGUAUCACUGAGCUGGAAGCAGAAGGAACAUUCAUCACCAAUGAGCUGCAAAAUACCAUUAAAAAAACUUUUUCAGGAAAAAAGGGCCAUGUGUCUUUCAAGCCAACCCUCGAUCAGCAGCGAACCUGUGCAAAUUGCUCACAGUCUGUCCUGGAUGGGGAUUUUACUGUAAAAUAUGAUGUGAAGAGAACAACUCCAGAUAAUUUGCAAAUUGUCAAUGGCUACUUUGUGCACUUCUUUGCACCAACAAAUCUUCCAAAGUUGUCCAAGAAUAUUAUUUUUGUAUUGGAUACUAGUGGUUCAAUGUCUGGAAGAGAAAUACAACAAACAAAAGAAGCACUGCUAAAAAUCCUAGAGGACAUUAAAGAGGAUGACUUCUUCAAUUUCAUAUUAUUUGAUAGUGAAAUAUCUACCUGGAAAGAAACAUUAAUCAAGGCCACUCCUGAGAAUCUGGAUGAAGCAAGGAAGUUUGUUCAGCACAUUUCUGCUCAAGGCUUGACAAAUUUACAUGGUGGUUUGAUGAGGGGAAUUGAUAUUCUGAAUGCUGCUCAUGGAGAAAACCUUGUGCCCAAGAGAAGCGCUUCUAUAAUUAUCAUGUUAACAGAUGGCCAACCAAAUGUAGGUGUAUCAAACACUCAGGAGAUUGAGAAAGCAGUGAAGGCGGCCAUCGAUGGUAGAUACACCUUGUACAAUCUUGGCUUUGGCAGUGGGGUUGACUACGGCUUCUUGGAGAGGAUGGCACUGGACAAUAAAGGACUGGCCCGGCGGAUUUAUCCUGACUCUGAUGCAGCUUUGCAGCUUCAGGGGUUUUAUGAUGAGGUGUCAAAUCCCAUGCUCAUAGAUGUGGAGUUAAACUACCCAGAAAAUGAAAUAUCAGACCUGACUACUAACAGCUUUAAGCAUUUCUAUGAUGGCUCUGAGAUUGUGGUGGCUGGGCGCUUUGUAGACAGCAACCAAAACCAUUUGUCUGUAGAUGUAAGAGGUGAAGGUGCUAAUGAUGCCCUGUCGUACACUACACAGCAAGAUGCUGAGCAAACAGCUCAGGCUUUCCAAGAACAGCAGUACAUAUUUGGAGAGUACAUUGAAAGGCUCUGGGCUUAUCUUACCAUUGAACAACUCUUGGAAAAACGCCUUACAGCUACUGGAGAAGAAAAGGAAAACCUUACAGCUCAAGCCCUGGCUCUCUCACUAAUGUACAAGUUUGUAACACCACUGACAUCCAUGGUGGUAACAAAACCAGAAGAAAAUGACAAUGAAGAGGGGAUUGCUGAUAAACCCACUGAAGCUGAAGCAGGGAUGUUCACAGGUCCUUUGAUGGCUUCACCUGUCUAUCACACAUAUGCAUCACAACCCACAUGGUAUACUAGUGUUGAUGGAGAUCCACACUUCAUUAUAUCAGUACCACAAAAGAAAGAUGCCAUUUGUUUCAAUAUCAAUGAAAACCCUGGCAUGAUCUUAAAUUUAAUAAAUGACCCAGUGACAGGCAUUACAGUCAAUGGAGAACUUAUUGGUGAUAAGAGAGCAAAUAGUGAUGCAAAGAUCCAAAACUCAUAUUUUGGAAAACUUGGGAUUGCAAAUAAGCAGCUGGAUGUAAAACUGACAGUAACUCCUGAGACCAUCACAAUUCAGAAUGGGGAUGAAAAAACAGGGUUCACCUGGCUGGACUCAGUCACCUUGCAACAAGCAGGUUUAACUUUGAUAAUUAACAGGAAAAAAAAUCUGGUGCUCUCAAUGGGCAGUGGUGUCUCAUUUGUUGUUGUUUUGCACCAAGUAUGGAAGAAACAUCCUCUCCACCAAGAUUUCCUGGGACUGUAUACAUUGAAAAGUGAUAAACUCUCUGAACAGACCCAUGGAUUAUUAGGGCAGUUUUUCCGGCCCAUUGACUUCACCAUACUUGAAAUUCAUCCUGGGUCUGAUCCCAAGAAACCAGAUGCCACAAUGAUUGUUAAAAACAAUGAACUGAUAGUAACAAGGGGCUGGCAGAAGGAUUACAGAAGAGAUCCUAAACACGGGGUUGAUGUUCCUUGCUGGUUUGUCCAUGACAAUGGAGCUGGGCUGAUAGAUGGUGUUCACACAGAUUAUAUUGUUUCCAGUCUCUUUUAAGCAACUGCAACUUCCUCCAAAUGCACAGGUGGAUGGUAUUUGUCUGAAAAAAGAGUAUUUUCAGCAUGUAAGAACUAUUCAAAGCAUAUGAGCAUACCAUGUCUAGCAAGGACAAGGUAUGAUGGUUCUCAUACAGAGUUUUCCUGUGUGUUUGAUCCAAUUUGAGAAGCAAGAUCCCUCAUCCUCUGAAGUGUCCUCCUUAUUAGGUUUAAAAUUCUGACUUAAAAUGUUACUUUGUAAAACAUAACAAAAACCCUCUACCCAAUUUUUAGUCAAUAACUGAGUGUCAGGAGUGAUUAAAUUAAAGCA